AUGCCCGUCACCACGGGAAGAAAGAGAAGAGCCUCGAGCUCAGAGGCAGAGCUCCGCGCAGCGCUCCAGGAGGAGCGACCCAGCCUUUGGGGCUGGGCCCAGACGGUACUACGGUCCGUCUACAAGACCGUGACCGGUGCGCUGGGCUUCGGCCUGGUCACUGGUGCGGCCUCGGCACCCGUAGCCGCAGCUGGCGCUGCGCAGACCAUACUGGUGGUCGAGACGAGUGCCUCCUCCCCGUCGGGAGACACGUGGGUGAAGCGCCGCAAGGCGCUCCGCGUGUUCGACCGCGGUGAGGAGGCGCCGCGUAAGCCGCCGGUGAGAUUUCCUAGCGGGUUCAGCCCGAAGAACAGGAAGUUUCCCAGGUGCAGCCCGGUGUUCGCGCCGGUAUCUCAACCGCCAGUUGGCCAGCCAGCUCCAGUCGCGACUAGGGCGGCCGAGUCGAGUGAGGCUCUUGUGCGUGCUGCCGCCGCCGCCGCCAACGCCACCGCCGUCGCUUCCUGGGGACCGCGCCCGGCAGUUGCCCAGCUGAGGCAGCUGCACGUCCGGCGGGCACCCACCCGGGAAGGCGCGUCCCGGCCCCUGCCGCAGCAGGCCCUCGUCCCGGCUGGCGUGCCAGCAAAGACCCCACAGCGUCCGCUGAAGGGCAUCCUGAAGCACCCGCCGACGCUGCGGUGGGAAAGGCUGCGCCGCCAGCAGCGCGUCGAGGGAGUCGUCGCCGGCGGCCGUUGCGUCGUUUUCAGGAACACGCCUCUGCCAUCGCCCGCGCACGCUCCGCUGCCGCUGCUGUUGCCCGCCGAGUUCAAUUGGCGCGGCCACUUCAGCGUCCCAAGCCCGUCGCCGUCGUCGAGCGACGAGGAGGAGGAGGAGGAGGAGGAGCCCAGCCGCUCGGGGCCUGUCACACCCCACUCACCCCCCACCCAGCACGUCGCGGACAUCUCACAAUCCGCCAAGGACGCUGCUUCUCUCACAAACACCGCUCCCGACUCUACCAGCAUCCCAGCCCAGCCUAAGGACAUCAAGCCUAUCGCGUCGUGCAUCGAGCACCCAGUAGAGACGCGCCAGCCGAUCAUAUCAACAUCGGCUCAGGUAGAGAAGGCGGCGCAGAUUGACAUCCCUGUGCCCGCCAUGGACCCCUCCAGCACCAGCACCAUGAGUGCCCCAAAGAGGCCGUCCGACUCGAGCCGUCUCGCUCAGACGCCGAUGCGGCAAGCUCCAGCAAGGAUAUGGAACAGCUUCCAGACCCCGCAGCCAUCGCGCGCGGAUGCACUCGCCAGGAGCAGGCAAGUUUCCGGUAGCUCGUCACGGCUUCCUCUCAAGCUAUUCCGCCCCGGCCUCGCGGCCUCGCAACGUGUCGGCGCACAGGCAGAAGGACCUGCCGCCACAUACACAGACACACGCGCCUCUACAUCCUCGGACAGCACGCCACGCCCCACUGCUUCCGAUCUACGCGAUGGUUUCCCCUCUACAGCGCCAGACCGCAUGGACGUUGAUAUGUCUGGAAACCACUUCAUCGCACGCACACCCUAUUCCGCUCUGCAAUCAUCGGCAAGAAAGUCCAGAUUCAGAGCGCCGUCACAUGCCACAGUGACGCCCCGGAAGAAGAGUAUGGAUGCUCAUGACUUCUCACUCAUCGGCGAGUCGCCUGAGUCUACGGCGCCGCCAACCCCGGAGGCCAAACCAACUUCGCCAGAAGCGCGCCGCAAAGAGAUGCUAGCCUUCUUUGCUGAUGAUACACGCAACAUCCGCGCCCCCGAGAUUGAGACUGAGGACGAGGUGGACUCCCCCAACAAGAUGGAGCAGUCAUCUACUACCCGUUCACUAGCUCAUUCGCCGGAUGAUUCGCCGCGACACCACCCACCGCGAUCGGACUCAUCGUCCUCUGCAGCAUCUCAGCCGAAUUCGCCGCAGGCACCGUCACAUUCCCCGUCCCCACAUGUCCCCUCCAAGCCUGAAGACGAUCUUGAUUUCCCGUCUUUCCCAGCCCUUACCAUCAGCUCGGGCAAGGAUGACGAGCUCGCUUGCGCCGUCCAGCUCCGUAUAGAAGCCGAGGAGGAAGAGGAGAGAGAGCAAGCCAGGCGUGCCGAGGAGGAAAGGCGCAAGGCCGAGGCAGAAAGACUCGAGAAGGCGGAGAAAGAACGCCUCGAGCGAACCGGAGGCCUGCGACUCCCUAAUGCCGACAUUGUUCAGCAGAUCUCACAGGGGUGGCACUCCAAGAUCGCGGACAGUACCCGGGUUAGAGAGACGAUGGUGUUGGCCAAGUCGGCUGAGGGAACCGAGAUUCUUGGUCGCGACUUCCGACAGGUUGUCCCACCCACCGUCUGGCUGAACGACGAGAUCGUCAACUCGAGUCUGUCAUACGUGGCAAAGUACAUUAAUGACAAAACCGGCACUAAGAGCGCGGUCAAGUGUGUACUUCUCAACACAUACUUCUGGAAGCACCUCAGCGAUCGCGGACCCAACAGCACACAGCGGUGGCUCCGAAGACUGGGCGUCAACCCAGGAAACUUCCUCACCGUCGAGACAUUCCUGAUCCCAAUCAACCUCGGGAACUCGCACUGGACGCUGGGCAUCGUUCGGCCGAAGCAGGGCGUCGUGGCACACAUGGACUCGCUCGGGCAGCAAGGCGCCGGGAGCCCCCGGAUCGCAGCCACGCUCCUCAAAUGGGUCGAGACGUUCCUCGGACCUCGGUACAUCGAGGCCAACUGGAAGAUCCGCAACUACGAGUCACCCAGACAGACCAACUCACAUGACUGUGGAGUGCACACCAUUACCAACGGCUUCUGCGUCGCCCUCGACAUCGAUCCCUCGCAGUACCAGGCCAGAGACAUGCCCCAGCAGCGCCUGAGACUCGCGGGUGUUCUAUUGAACGGCGGCUUUACCGGCGACUUUGACAUAUCUGAUAUCUGA